AUGAGUCUCUGGAUAUGGUGCCUCACCCUGAUACUAGGUCUGAAUCUCAAGAAUUUACCUUUUAUGUGGCAUUUUCGAUUUUUUGGUGCCCUAGCAAUGGGCUUCCUCACCCGCGGAAGGUCAAACAAUGCGCCUAAUCAACACCACAUCUUCCUCCCGGCAGUGGUUCGAUCACGGUCUCCGGCAACUGAGACUGACUUCAAUUUUCAUAAAUCAAAUUCGACCUACACCACUGACCUUGAUGUCUCGAGAGCGCAUCUCAGUGGGUUGUUAUUUGCGCCCAUCUUCUUGAAUACCACAGGUUCCAUGCAUUGCAACUUGAUCGUUAGCGCGAUUGCGUGUACGUUCCAUCGGGAGAUCAAGCCAUUCCAACAGUACGAAAUCUGGAGCAGAAUUGCAAGCUGGGAUAAUAAGUGGAUUUAUAUGGUCACGCAUUUCGUCGACAAGAGCAAGCUUUGGCCCAGACGUUACGUCAUGCAGGCCGAUGCUUCGAUCAACAAAAGGAAGACCACAAAUCUAGCGCCUCAGAAGGAAGAACGACACAAACAUGUAUUUGCGUCUGCUGUAACUCGGAUGGUCUUUAAAAGGGGCCGCUUGACAGUACCUCCUCAACACGCUUUGGAUAUUUGCGGUCUUCUCUCGGCUACGACGAGUGAAUUCCCCACCGAAUUAUCCCACAUAGCCGCAGGAACUGAGUCAACAGAAUUAGCUACAGACUGCCAUGAAUGGACACAGGGAGAGAUCGAAUCAUAUAAAGAGGCAAAUCUCCCAAUCGUGCGACUUGAAAGGGGCUGGGAUGCUGUCCGUGAGCUCUUCCGAGAAGAGGAGUUCAUGUUGGCGAAGUAUGGGGACUUGAUGUGGUGA